CUAUAUACAAAAGUUGUUUCCCUUGGCGGAAAUAUUACCAUAGUGAUUUUAACAUCCAAAAUUAUGUAAAAAAAUUGACAAUAUAAAUUAAUCUAACAAUGAGUUUAACAACAAGUUCUGGUAUUUCGGGGGAGCAAUUAGCUCCGCCCGCUGAUGUAACUCCGCCUUCUGCAGCACCAGAAGCAGUCAACUUCCUUGAAAGCAUUGUACCAGAAGUUGACUACAAAUAUCUGCUAUUCGAGGACCACCUUGUCACCACAUCUGACACGGGUAAAGAGCUUGGGGAAUUUAAAGUUACUGUUGAGCCAGCUAAACACAAAGGCAUAGAAUGUUUCCUUGUACACGCCAACAGUCAUGGAGCAAUAGACGGGGUGCCUUGUGGGACAUCUAUAACUGCGUACAUCGGCAACAACUUGGAAACCCUUGACCAACAACAUCAUGAAUAUGUGAAACUUGAAAAUUGUCCUCUGGACCGAAAAACUUUUAUAGUGAGACAAGAAGAUGGAGACUAUGUAGUUAACAGAGUUAUAACACAGGGGGAGGAUAUACAGAGAUCAUCUAAAACAGUUAAAACAGAUGUUAUGAAAGGGUUUAUUUCUGAAGGUUCCAAUUUGAUGCUGCACAGACUGUUUAUAGAGAAGGGCAUACCAGACAGCCUCCAGUUGAUAUCAUUUGAUUCUGAUACAAACCUUUGCCCAGCCAUAUAUCGUCGUUUGGAGGAGCGAACCCAGACUGUAGAAAAUACGGAACUCAAGGUGUAUGGUAUAGAGAGAACCAUCAACUCCUCAAUAGACCUCCCCACCACCUGGCAGUCAUACUUCAUGAAGGAUGGUCACCUUACCAGCAGGGUCCAGGUCGGUUCCCCCGUCACUAUGAGGCUUUCGUUUGUCCCACCUUACAUCAUAAGGGACGAAGAGCCUCCUAAACCCACAUUCGAGAAACAGCCUCUACGCUGGGAAGAUGACGCUCAGCUGUACGCUCAGUUCUUGGAUAGAAAGGAGGAGCUUAAGGCUGACCAUGCCAAGUACAUGCGACACCAUCCAGAACUUAAAGCCCUGCUGGCAGACUUCAUGCAGUUCUUGUUGCUACGGAAACCAGAUGAUGUCAUCGCAUUCUCUGCAGACUAUUUUGCUGCGUUUUCCACAUCAAUGCCGUCACCAUCGCCUUAUCUGGCAUCACAAUCUGUGACACCUUUUCCCAACAGUAGAACAAACACUAAAAUCGAUCAACUAAGGGCACCAACCCGAUAAAAACGUGGUCCCUAAAGUUUUGAAUGUUAAAGAUACUUUGAUUGUGAACCAUUUGGUUUUGAGUAUUAGAGAUUUUUUAAAUGUGAAUUGAAGUAUUAAGCUAAAGAACGUUAUAAACAUCUAUGGUUUAAAAAUAGGACAUUUAACAUAAGAGUAUAUAGAUGAACGCCUAAGUUAUAUUGUAAAAAUUCAAAGCUGAAAAGUUUGAAUUAUUCAUGACAUUGAAAUGGUCAAAAACUGUACGUUUGAAUUACUUUUGAAAAUGUUUCCAGGCGAUUUAACCUGGCUAUUGUUAUGAUUGUGUAGAAGAUCUUAUAAUAUUAUAUUUAUAUACAUGUGCUAUACACCAGAAAUUUAUGUUUAUGAAAAAGGAAGGUUGUACAUAAUUACAAUUUUACAAUUUGUGAUGUCUCAGAGUUGAUGUUUUACAAAUUUCUAUUAGCUUAUCUGUUUUUCAAAGCUAACUUGUUGAAUUAUGUUGAGUGACUUAAACACACAGAGUUGUUGGCACUUGUUUAAUGCUUUUGUUAUUUGAAGUGUGAGACUUUGAAAACAAGUUUACAUGGAGUGUACAACUGUCAUUGGUGUAUUUUAGCUUGUGUACUGUCAAAAUAAGACCGAGUCCCAACAUUCAAUCAAUCUCACUUGCAGUUUGACUGACAAAUUGUUUAUUUCUAUUGUUAUGUUAUACUUUGAUUUAUUUAUUUAUCAAAAAUCUCAUGCAUUAUUUUUCUAAUACUAAUUUUCUCAUUUUGGGGAACAUAAUUUAUUGAACACUUUUUAUUUUGUAUUGCGUUGAUAUAGUAUUCCGAGAACAUACAAGAAAUAGAUCUCUUUUGUUGAUGUCAACCUGAUUUUAUUGCUUCAUGACAGUGAUAGGUACAAACAAUAAAUAUGAUAUUUAAACAGUUUUCAUAAUUUAUUCUCGUAGUCCCAUACAUUUUUCAUUGUAUAUUCUGGUAAUCCCAUACGUAUAAAUCAAGCAAUAUUGCAUUUCAAAAUUUGUUGCUACUUAUGAUUGUCCAGGAAGAAAAGUUUCCAAAUGUUGUGGCAAUGCCGAUCGUAAUUAUUAUCAAUGACCAUACAACAAAAUCUUCAAAAAAUAAGAGUUCAAUAUUAAGUAUGUUACUUGUACAACAUGUUUAAAUAUGUACAUGUAUUUGUCUUGUCUCAAAUGUAUAUAUAUAUAUAUAUAUAUAUGUAUCAUAUACAUACCCCGGUACAUAUAGAAUAUUCACUAAUCAGUAUGAUGCUAAAUGAUGCUGAAAACAAUGUUUAAGGAACAUAAUUUACAUGCUGUGGUUGUAUAGAAUGGUUAUUUAUAUACUGAAAUAAAUUUUUAUCAUUGGUCAAA